AUGCUAGUCCCAGAACAACAAGAACCAAGUUGCAGCAGAUGCUACUCUACUAAGGAAAUAUACUAUGGUUUCAGACCAAAUAAGCCAACAUUAACACCCGCUGACUACCCCGACCUUUCUGACAAGACCGCUGUUGUCACCGGUUGUAACACAGGUAUCGGGAAGCACGUUGUGGAAUUGUUAUACCAAAAGAAUUGUAACGUUAUCGGUGUUGUGAGAACUGAUGCUAAGGGUGAAGAAGCCAAGAAGGAAAUAAUUGCUAACAAUCCAAAAUCUAAGGGUAACAUCACUAUUAUUGGUGGCUGUGAUUAUUUGGACUUGGAAAAGGUCCCUGCCGUUGGUGGUAAGAUUAAGGAAGCUCUUGGUGAUAAACCCUUAAACAUUAUUAUUCACAAUGCAGGUUUGAUGGCCCCAGAUAACAAGGGUACUUCUGUCCAAGGGUAUGAAGCCAUGUUCCAAACUAAUGUGCUUGGUUCUCAAUUAUUGCAACACUUCUUGGACCCUCUAUUUUUGAAAGAGGAUGAUAUUUCAUUAAAGAGAAUUGUUUGGGUCAGUUCCGGAGCUCAUUUCUUGGCACCACAUCCAUUUGGUAUUAAUUGGGAAGAUCCAUUGUAUGAAAGUGUUCCUAUUGCGGAAAGACCAUCGCAAAUGACACUAUAUGGUCAAUCUAAGGCUGGGAAUAUUUACCAAGCUAAAAUAUGGUUUGAAAAGAAUAAGGAAAUUGCUGAAAAGAUUAAUUGUGUGUCAGUUUCAUGUUAUCCAGGUAAUUUGAAGACUGAUUUGCAAAGAGGUUGGGGUCUUUCAUUAGCCAUUGCUAGGGCCUUGAUGUGGGAUGGUAUCUAUGGUGCCUACUCUGAAUUAUUCGGUGCAUUAUCUCCAACUUUGAAAUCAAGUGAUUCUGGUAAAUAUGUAGUUCCCUUUGGUGAAUUCCAUGACCCAAGGGAAGAUGUUAAGGCUGCGUUGACUAAUGGAGUUGCAGAAAAAGUUUGGGAAUUUGUUGAAGAAAAGAUUGCUCCAUUUGUAGGCGAUAAAUAA